AUGCUUGCCUUGUACCUGAGCCUGGCCAGGCCCCCAGCCCCGGCGACCACCGGCCGCCGGCAGCGACAGCCCGCGCAGCCGACUGGCCCCCCCUCGUCUGACGGAGCUCCCCCCGGCCCCCCCCGCCCGGGGUCGCCCCCACGCCCCCGGCCCCAACCGCCACGGGCCCGCCUGCCGCGCGCGUCCCCACCCCCCGUGCUUGAGCGACCCCCGGCCCCCCCGUCCCCCCGGCCCCGUCGGCCCCCUGGUCCACACCGGGGCGCCCGAUCGCGCUACCCCCUCGUCCCCUCCGCGCUGUCAAGCAUGCAGGGUGCCUCCCACCCCCGGGCCCCCUCCGCUACGCUUGGGGGGUGCCGCCGCUCGCGCCAUCGCCCCCGCCACACCUACCCCGGCCGCGCCGGGCGCUCGACUCCCGACCCCCACCAAGCACUCAACCAGCGCCGGCCAGCCCCGGUCAGUCCAACGCACAGAACACGCGGGGGGACGACGCGCCCCGUCGCCCCACCGGGGGUGGGGGUGGGAGUCACCCACCCACAGGCGCCUGCACAAAACUGGCGCCCCAGUCACACCCGACCCUCCCGCGCAGGGCGCCACCACUUGUCCCACCCCCCCGCGAAGCCGGCCGCGCCCCCCGUCCGCGCCCAGCGCCCCCGCGCCCCCCCCUCACAGCCCGCCCCCGGGGGUGUGUGGUUGGGGGCUCUGUCCACCCCCUCCGGCGUCACGGGACGGGCCCAACAAGGGUGCGCGGGGCCCCGGCGUCCCGGGGCCCCCCCUUUCCGGCCCCCUCCCCCCCGGCCUGAACGCCUCUCCGCCCUCCGGGGGGUGGAGGGGGCCCCGACGGCCGCCCGGUCGCCCACGCGGGGACAACAAGAGCGUAUCCCCGCGCCCCGUCUCCGGGGCCCCCGGCACCGACCCCACCCACGCGGCCCGGGCGCAUGGCCCACCGUGAACCCACCACCCCCCCGCGGCGGGACGCACAACCCAAGGUCGCACCGGGGCCCCCAAGGGGGGGUGGCAGGCGGCUGCUCCUCGCAUGCAUCCCCCGCCGUCCCGACGGGCCGCGCCGCCCCACGCCGGGCCUGGGCUCCGCCCCCCCCUGCGCCCGUUCCCCCCGUUCCGGCGGUCCCGUGGCCACCCCACCCGCCCUUCCCCCCGUUCCCCCUGUCGCCACCUGUCCCGCUCUCCCCUCCGCCCCCCCUAUCGUCCGGGCGCUCCCUGCCCGUGCACUCCCCGGGUGGUCCCGCCGCCGUGGUGGCUUGCCCCCCCCCCCGGCUAGGCCACUGGGCUAGCCUGGGGGGGGGGGGGGGGGGGGGUUGUCACACCCGCGGGCCGCCAGUGGCACCCCGACCCCGCCGCUUUCGGCCCCAGCCGGCCCACCCCCGGGGCGGGCAGCGGCCGGCGCCGCUGCAUGGCCCUCGACGCCGCGUUCCCGUUUCAACCCCGCACCCGCCGCGCCGCCCGCCCCCCGCCCCGAGGUGGCAAAAAACCUAA